CCUGGACCUUUUUUUUUUGUCUUCAAUCAAGCUCGUUUUUUUGGUGUUACAAUCGAUCAUUGAAACUCAGAAUAAUUCCACCCUUCUUUUUUCUCCCUUCUUUUAUUCCCUUUGUAACUCUUUUAUCUUUACUUUACAAUUAUAUAUUAUUUAUUAACCAAUGACUCAAAAACGUCCUUUAAAAGAUAUCAACGAAAUGGAAAGAGAACCUCCUCAACGUUCUAGUAGAGAAUCAAAAAAGUGUAACGAAUGUCGAAGAAGACAUGUUAAGUGUGAUGAACAAAGACCAAAAUGUAGUAAUUGUAUUAAAACCAAUGCUGAAUGUAGUUAUUCUCAUCGUGGUAUACGUUAUGAUCAUAUCUCCAACAGACAAAAAAGGGACGAUAUGUAUACAGAAAUUGACGAUUUAUCGAAAAGAGUGGAAGUAUUAUUAACAAAACUUCAAAAAAAAGAGUCUAAUUGUGAUGAUGUUGCUCGAUUGGCUAUCGAUUAUGGUUGGCAAGUCACUCUUUCUCCUGAUGGUCAAAAACAGAUUAUCACCAAUAUUGAAACAACUUCUCAAUUAGCAGCUCUAGUUCCAAAUGCAUUAGGAGAAGUUUAUAUACCUAAUCAGUCUCGAUCAGCUUCUCAGCCUCCAUUAUCUUCCUCUUCUUCUUCCUCUUCCUCUUCAGUGAGUGCAACAUCAUCUUCUUCUGCAACUUCUCCUCAUGAUUAUGCAACCUUACCAACACAAUCCAUCAAUUCACUUUCCAAAGCAACUAUCAUCAAACCUCGAAAAACAAAACGAAUAACCUUGGAACGAUAUGUCGCAGCUUAUACAAAUCCAUCUAUUCAUGUAUUAAAUACAGCCAUUGCCACUUGUCCAUCACUUUUUACCGCCAUCAUGUCGCCACGAUUACUUUCUCAGUUUGCUGGUCAUCCUCAGUUAUCUAUGCUACAUACUUCUGCAUGUUGUACUCUAUCACUCAAUUCAUGUAUUCAUAAUCCACAAGGUUUAUUCACUUCCUCAACUUUGGCCUCCUUUGAUUCACCUACUCACAACUCUACAAACGGUCCUGGUAUUGUCGAUUUGAAUCAUAUGUCCAAUUCAACUCCAAAAAACUUGUUGAAUUGUCUUGGUACUGAUGCGGAAGAAUCAAGUCUUUUCCCCUUUCAACCUCGUUUUGCUGAAUGUACUCUAGCUAAUCUUUAUUGGAAUCUUUUGAAGACAGCAAAGUUACUGGAUGAUGGAAAUUUCAGUCAAGCCUAUGUGAAUCUUGGUGUCAUGAUUACAAAAGCAUUUAAUCUGGAACUUCAUCGUCCUAGUGGAUACAUACAAUUCAAUACUGCUUUAGAAAGGGAAGCUGCGAAACGUAUAUUCUGGUCUAUUUGGCUUUUUGAUACCCAAAUGCCUCUAUUUCAAGAAGGACGUCCCUCUAUCAAGUUAGAAGAUAUCACCAUUGACAAACCUUGUAGUUUGAAAUACAGCAUAGAGCAAGGUCUAUUACCAACAUCAUCAUCAUCAUCAUCGUCAUCGAAUGUUGAAGAGGAUGAAGAAGAUCUUUCACAUGCGGAUUGUUUACGUUAUUUAGUGGAAGUACGCUAUAUUCGUGUAGAACUCGAAAAUACACUUGCUUCAUUUCAAGGAUGGGAUGAUGACAAGGCUAUUCUUAGUAUGAUCAUACAACAAAUGCGAAUGUUACGACGUUAUUAUGAACAUCUGGAUGAUGAUUUCAAAAUGGAAUCUUAUCUCAAGGAUACAACAAGCACUGGAUGGAAACUACGAGCCAAAUCAAUCUUAUUAUUAGAACAUGCUAUGAACUGGUUGGUGCUCUUCGAUCGAUUUUUACCUUUACGAAAUGAAGAAAAGCCAGUGACCCCCUUCCCUGCCAAUCUUGCCAUUCAUUUUUGUCGAGAGGCAGCGAAUGCGAUGACCUUGGUAUUUGAAAAAUGGCUUUCUACGCAAAAUGAUUGUCAAUUCCGAUGGUUUUUCAGUCACUUUGUCAAUUGUUUGGAAAUUCACAAGUAUAUUGCUACUUAUUCAAAUGAACUUACUGUCCGCAAAUGGAAAGCUUAUGCAUCACUCAAUUUUAUGAUGUAUUGUCUACGUGAAAUCCCAGUGGUUGAUCUUCCUAUGGGGCGUCGUGUACAUAACGAUCUAUGUCAAUUGGUGGUAACUCUUCGUGAUAUUGUUGGCAAUUGCUGGAAUCCUACUGAAGAACAUGAUUUGAUUGACAGUUUUACUAAAUACUUUGCUGAUUGGCGUCCUUCCUUUGAUUCUAUGGAUACAAAUGAUAGUGGAUCCUUGUUUGCAAAAGAAUCAUCCACUAUGUUUAUUAUCAUCCAUAUGCAAAAGAAAGGCAAGUCAAUUCCUUCUGUUCCUUCCUCUGGCUCUCCUUUGGCAUCCAUAUUACCAUCUUCAGGUACCACCGGUGUGACUGUGGCAUGAUUUUUCCAUUUUAGCAAGCCCGCCUUUUUUUUUAUCACCCCUC